UAAAAAUCGAAUUAGAUUUUGUAGACUAGUUAUGCUGAGCAAUCUAUAUAAGGCGCUACACAUGACAUAUCAUCUAACAGAAAUCCUCUGUUCGUUGUAGUGAAGGUUGAAUAUGAGGCCGAAGUCCAUCUAUAUAACUGUCUUGAUUGUGGUGUUUCUGCUUGCCUCUGAAAUGCCAAGAGUUGAUGGAUUUUUUUUUACUCUCGGUUUGGCAAAUUUUGCAAUAAGAGGAAUUGGGCAAUUCAUUGAAUGUGCAGCAGCAAGCUUUGGUGGCUUUGGUUGCGGGCCAAGGCCUAAACCUCAACCUCGACCUCCACCUCGACCUCCACCUUGUCCUGUACCUAUACCUCAACCACCUCCUCAAACUACACCUCGUCCUCCAACUACACCCCAACCUCGACCUCAACCUACACCUCAAAAUCCACCUUGUGUCCUAUUCGGACCACAGGUGAGCCUUAAUUGUAUUUGUAACCCGAAAUUCCUAUGCUAGCCGAAAGAAAAAGAAAACAAUAAGUAAUAAGUGUAACACGGAUAUCCUGGCGGAAAAGAGCGAUAGUAAGGAUAAGGAGAUGGAUAGUUCGGCAUCAAAUAAGGAACGCAGAAAACCAAACUUCAGGCAAUAUGAAUACUUCGAUAUAUGUCCAUGAGGUAAAGAGGAGAAAUAAAUGAAUUGAAAUAA